CACAGAAAUGAUAAAGUCUGCUGUUAUAUUUAUUGUAUUGCUGGCCAGUACAAAAGUUAGUUGGGGUCAUGAAAAGUUCACCAUUCAAAUAAAUGAAGGCAAUGCCAUUAAUGCUGUCCUCAAGUCAGAACCCUUUAUCAAAAUCAACGAUGGAUACUAUUUUUUUGGAAGGGAGUCUCUGAACUGGUAUGAGGCCUAUGAGAAGUGCCGGGUGCUGGAUUCCGAACUAGUUACUUUCGAGACAGACGCGGAGUUCGAUUUCGUUGCCAGUUACUUGAUGGCCAACGAUUCCCGUGAGAACUAUUGGACUUCGGGUAACGAUCUGGGAAAGACGGGCACCCACAAGUGGUUCACCAGUGGCCAAAUCAUCAGCACUCUUAGGUGGGCAGUCAAUCAGCCUGAUAAUGCUGGCCAGAGGGAGCACUGCAUCCACAUGGGCUACAUAUAUCAAAAUUCCAAGAAAUUCGAGCUGAACGAUCGGCCUUGCGCCCAGGACAACAACAGUUUGUUCAAGUAUAUAUGUGAGGCACCUAAACUAGAAACCCUAUCAAUUGUGGUGUGGAAGUAAAUUGCAAAUAUUUACCUAAUCUAUAUUUAAAAAUAAAUACACUAUCCUGGAUGAGAUAGUAAAUACGGUUACUAAUUAAA